AUGGUUGAUGAGACGGAUAGGCCGAGCAUGCUUGCUUCUCAAAUCUUGGAAACAGAUGAUCGAGAAUUUGACGGUAUUCUCCGUACUACCAGCAGUCUAACCCUGCACAUGACAGGCACCACGGACAGAGCCCAGGGCCAAGGUGAAGGCGAAAGACAGAAAAACGAAAUGGUGCGGCAGCAGCCCUCUCUUUCCCUAUCCUAUCCGUUCCGUAUCCGUACUCCGUACUCCAAGGAUCAAGUCAAGAUUUCGCCGAUUGAUUACCUCUUGGCCCUCCCUCCUCCUCGGCCGCCCCAGGGCGUCCUAUCCGUGUCCGUAUCUUUGCUCUCUGGACCGGACGAACUGAACCAUACUUCCACCCCCUAUUCGUGUUAUGGCAUCGGGCAGAAUCAGCCUUGUUCGUGCUUUUGGUCGCGUUCCGACUCCCCAUGGAAGUUGAGCUUUGAUGUUGCAUCGGAGAAUGCAAUGAUGGGAAGAACCCCGCGCGUAACGCUGCCUUGCUACUCCAUUUGUGCCGGCACUGGCCAGAGAAAUGCUUGCAGGAUGCCAGUCGUCAAUGGUCAGCAACAAUUGUUUGGCCCUAAGCAUUCCGUCUGGAAUGGACUCCUGGGGGCGAGGCCACUCGAGCCAGCUGAAUCACGGAUAUUGCCUCGUCUUUGGCAUUUCUUGUCUCCAGACUCUGGCGGUCGACCCCCGUGCCCACCCCCUUGGAGUCCGAGACUAGUUCGCCUAUACGACCUUCUCGUGUUCUUCCAGAAGACGUCUAGUAAAACCUCGUACAACCAGUACAGGUUAAAUUCGGGCAGGGAAAUGAGUUGCUAUCGCGGCCUUUCAAACCCUCAUAUUGCAGCUUCAUCAUCGCCGUUCCAAGCUCUCAAGGGAUGA